GUACAGGCAGCACACAGCAGUGUAUUCCCCAUCCCAGGACCCCACUGUUACAGUGAGACAACAUGGCUGAGAAGGAGCCAGAGGGAAUUAUAGCUAUAGACCCCAGCGACAAUGAUGAUAGAAAAUGUCUUAUUAUCCGGAAGCUUCUGAAGUUCAACCCUAAAGAAGUGUUUACAUGGUGAGUCUGUGGGGAGAGAAAACUCAACUGGAGUGAGUGUGAGAGAGAGUGAGAGAGAGAGUGUGAGAGAGUGUGUGAGAGAGAGAGAGAGAGAGAGAGAGAGAGAGAGAGAGAGAGAGAGAGAGAGAGAGAGAUUUGUUAUAACAGUGAUUAUCUGGAUCCCAUAUGGCACCCUAUCCUUUAUAUAGUGCACUACUUUUAACCAGCUCCCUAUGGGCUCUGAUUGAAAGUAGAGCACUAUAUAGGGAAUACGGUGUCAUUUGGGACAGAUAGUGACAUAGUGAAGGUCUUUCAAUGUCCAAGAAUGGAGGAUGUCCACUGUCCAGUAGUUGUGUAUGUCCCUGGCAGCUAGCAUACAGUAACUGCUUGGACUGAGUUGUGUUAAAACCCUAAUGAAGGCUAGAGGGCCGAAACAUGUUGGUUUUACCAAUAAAGACGCAGCUUUAUCAACGUCCACUGUCUUCCAAGUGUUGCUGAAUUUCCUCUUCACUUAUGCUUUGUCCUAACAGGCAGCUGGUGAAGACAGUAGCCAUGGGUCAGGGUUUGGCUGCUCUCAUCUGCGGCACAGCAGUAACAUCCCAGUACCUGGCUUCAGACUACCACGUGGACGCGCCCAUGCUCCAGAGCUUUAUGAGCUACACACUGCUCUGCCUCACCUACACCACCGCUCUGCUGUUCAGAACAGGUACACACACACACACACACACACACACACACACACACACACACACACACACACACACACACACACACACACACACACACACACACACACACACACACACACUCACGCACACCAAUGUGCUGCUCUGAAGAACAGGUAGACUCUCUCUCUCUCUCUCUCUCACACACACACACACCACCCUAGGGUGCUCUUCAUCAGAAUAGUACAGUUGUCAAUUCUAUAAAAUGUUAUAAUUGUGUAGCAUUGCAAUAACCUCCAGACUACCCUCUACUAACGUACUGUAGGGGAUGGCAAUAUGUUUCAGAUUUUAAAGAAGAGGUGGUGGAAGUAUCUCCUAGUAGGCUUGGUGGACGUCGAGGCUAACUACACAGUGGUUAAAGCUUACCAGUACACUACACUCACCAGUAUACAGGUCAGAACUACGAGAUGGUGUGUGUGUGUAUGUCUAUGUGUGCGAGCUUGCGUGCCUGCCUGCAUGCAUGUGUGUAUGCGUGCGUGUGCUGAGUUAUGUCAAUGUAUGUGACUAUUCUGGUGUGUCUCUCUGUCUUCCAGCUGCUGGACUGUUUUGUGAUCCCUGUGUUGAUGAUACUGUCCUGCUGGUUCCUGAAGACGUGCUACAGACCCAUCCACUACGUCUCUGUGUGUGUCUGUCUGCUGGGGGUGGGGGCCAUGGUGGGAGCUGACCUACUGGCUGGACGAGACCUGGGAUCCAGUAAGAACCCACUCCAUUAAUUCAUUAAUUCAUUAAUUCUUUCAUUCAAUCUCUCAGUUCAUAUCAUAAUAAAAAGUAACAUAUUAACCUCAUCUCUUUCCUCAUCCUCCUCUCCUAUCUCGCUUCUCUCCUCCCUCUCUUCUCUUCUCUCCUCCCUCUCUCCUCUCCUCCCUCUCUCCUCUCCUCCCUCUCUCCUAGCCUCAGACGUUCUGCUAGGUGAUGGCUUGGUCCUGCUCAGUGCCAGUCUAUAUGCUGUGUCUAACGUGUGUCAGGAGUACACCGUCAAACACCUCAGCAGAGGGGAGUUCCUAGGCAUGGUCGGCCUGUUCGGCACACUCAUCAGUGGCAUACAGCUGUAAGUGUGUGUGUUUACGUGUGUGUGCGCGUGGAUGUGUGUUGUGUGUGCAUGUUUGGGGAGAAGGUAGUAGAAUGGGAAUGUGGUUGAUUUGAGUGGUCUGCUGUGUUCCUACAGGGGUGUUCUGGAGCAUAACAACGUGAAAAACAUCCAAUGGGACUGGAGAAUCGGUUAGUACCACAUAAAACAAAAUAUACAGGUAACUGCCAAAAUAAAGGAAACACUUGAGUAAAUGAGGGAUUGAGAAUUUUGUCAGUUACCUGUAUAUUUGUUGACAUUUUUGUAUGUUUUUUUAUUGAAGAGAUAGGACAGUGUAGAAGAAGGAAAUAAGGAGAGGGUUUGUUACAAAGUAGCUGCGGGUCCGCAGAUUCGGUAGUGUUAACGACUAGACCACCCCAGGCCACCGGUUAUUACCGCUCUCUUAGGGUUACAGAUGUGGUGGUGGCAAGGUUACAGAGAGUACAGAAUGUAUGCUGUGUCAGCUUGCUGAAGUACAGUUUCCACAUACAGCUCUUUGCUGCUCUUUAUCUUGUGUUUUAUGGGAGCUGCAACAGUUGAUCUUCCUUGUUAAUAAUACUUUCUGCCCUGUAUAAUGACUGUAGGUGUUUUCUGUUCAGGCCUAUUGUUCUCUGACUACACCCAGUACAGCUGUAUGUAGGGAGAGUAGAGUAGAGUAGUAGUACUUUGUUGAUUCCAACUUGGGAAAUUGUUUUAUCACCACAAGCAUCAACAAUGGUUACAAAAGACAAGACAAGGAUCAAUAAUAUUCAGAUAUGAACACAUAAUAAAAUAUUUAAAAGACAGAUGCACCUUAGAUCAGAGAGCCAAGUAAAAAAUAUUAGAAAUGCUGUUGUCUAUCAUACUCUGGGAAAACAAGCAACAACAAUGCAUAGUAUAGUAUGUUCAUUUUAUCAUGUAUAAUUCUUAUCCCCCCAGGCCUGCUGUUUGCUGGCUAUGCCCUGUGUAUGUACACCCUCUACAGCUGUAUGCCCAUAGUGGUCAAGAAGACCAGUGCUACAGCAGUCAACCUCUCCCUGCUCACUGCAGACCUCCUCAGCCUCUUCUGUGGCCUGUUUCUCUUUCAAUACACGGUUAGUACACACACACACACACACACACACACACACACACACACACACACACACAGCAGCAGCAGAAACACUGAGGAUAGUAGGUACAGUAGGUUGAGCCAUUUGACAGUUCAGUUACUGAUUGUGUUUUGGAAAACAGAUAAAGAGAUGAGUUAAUCAAUGAUUUGAUGACUCCAUAGCUGGAUAAUAGAUUGAUUGCUGCUAUACUAUGUCUGUACUCGCUGUAAUCUCUGUCAAACUAGUCUAAUCUAAUUUCUGUGAGAUCAAGGAGACAGUAGUGAUAAGAUCAGUCCCCAGAAACAGAGAUAAAGCUGUCCUGAUCACAGGACAUAGCUGCCCUUAUCUUAAAGCAUCUUAGUACUGAAAAUAAAUCAGUUGGUAGAGCAUGGCGCUUGCAACACAAGGGUUGUGGGUUCGUUUCCCACGGGGGGCCAGUAUGAAAAUGUAUGCACUCACUAACUGUAAGUCGCUCUUGUGUGUGUAGUUCUCAGGUCUGUACAUUGUGUCUCUGGUGAUCAUCCUGGUGGGCUUUGUCUCCUUCAAUGCUGUGGCAACGACCCCUGCCACUGCAGGCCCCAUCACCCCCUCUGUGGGCUGGGAGGAGGGCGGCUACGACAACCCCGAUGACAUCAUCAAUGAAGACGUGGUGGUGGCGGUCUUGGAAGAGAAGGAGGAGCAGGAAGAGGAAGAGGGUGAACGCCCAGGGGUUUCAUGGAAUCAGAGAACACAGAAGGAGGAAGUACCGGCAGGGGGAUGGAGUACCAAGAUGUGA